GCGAGCUUUGAGCAGUCAAACAGUAAAAGCUGUCCGUUAGGUUAACGUUACUUCUAUAUUACUUUGCCUUUUUUGUUUUAGAUAUGUAAAACAUUUGUUGACAAAACAGAACAUAACGUGUCGACUUAAUAGUUGCUAUUAAGUCUAAAAAGCUAACGUUACUCGUAGAAGGUAAAAAAAAACUCUGUACUGAGAAGGACAGAAUGGUAGAGUGUUUGUGGUUGUGUCAAUGUGCUCUUGUUAAAGCUCUCACAUGAUGAAUUCUUUACCCCCUGUGAAAGGAGACCGGAUCAUCUGUGAACUCCCUUUGUAUUUUACAAGAGAUGCUGCAGUGCACACCAAAGAUGGCUUCAAUAUUACUGUUAGAGAGGCUUGUCAAGGGCAGAAAACAGGAUUAAAUGUAGCCAAAGUCAUUGUCGUUGGUGAUGUUGGGGUCGGGAAGACCUGUUUAAUAAACAGAUUCUGCAAAGACUCAUUUGACAGAACGUACAAGGCAACUAUUGGAGUGGAUUUUGAGAUGGAGAGAUUUGAAGUUCUCGGGGUACCCUUCAGUUUGCAGCUGUGGGACACAGCAGGUCAGGAAAGAUUUCGAUGCAUUGCCUCCACAUACUACAGAGGAGCGCAAGCCAUCAUCGUUGUGUUUGACCUGAGCAACUAUGAGUCUCUGGAUCACGCGAGAGAAUGGCUUGAAGAUGCCAUGAGGGACAAUGACCCGUCCAGUGUCCUGCUCUUCCUCGUGGGAACCAAGAAGGAUCUUAGUCAUCCAGAUCUGUUGGCCCAAAUGGAGCAGGAGGCCAUUCGAUUGUCUGAGGAGAUCAGAGCAGAGUACUGGGCAGUUUCUGCUUUGUCAGGGGCGAGUGUGAGAGAUUUCUUCCUGCGGGUUGCUUCGCUUACAUUUGAGGCCACUGUUUUAUCUGAGCUGGAGAAGAACAAUUCUAGACGAGCCGGUGAUAUCGUCAAAAUCUCCAAUAAUUGUGACAACAAUUUUAAGAAGAGGCAAUCCAGCUGCUGCCAUUGACUGAACAUAAAGAAUGUAAUGUGUGGAUUUGAUCAAACGGGAAUAGAUCACGAGACUGUAGAAUGUAGACUUUGGGCAACUGGGAUGACGUGUCAUAAUGACAGAGUAAAAGAAAAGUUUAAUCCAGAAGAUUGGCCAGUGAGAAACUGAGGGAAUCUCAGCAGGAAUCCAUCCGAAAGUCAAGUCUGGAUAGUAUUUAGACGCGUACUAAUGAAUGCAAUAUUAUAUUUAAUGUAUUUUCAUGACUUGAAAGUGCUGUAUCGAGAUUUUCAUGUGUAUACACUUUAACAGUACACAGAGAUUGUCACACACUAUCAAAUAACCAGGAUCAAGUGAGUGUUAUUUUGGAUAAAAAUAUAUUAAACAAUUGAGAUGAAUGAAAUCUGUAUAUGUAUAAAAAUAAUAUAGUAUUUUAAGUAAAUACUGUAGUGUUUUUGAACCACACUAUAGUGAACUACUUAGUUAUUUUAUUGGUGUAAUUUUGUAGUAGCUCUGGUAGUACAACUAUUGUAAAAUAGACAAAUUACCCAAUAUGGUACUAAUAUACAGUGCUAACUAUACUAUAAUACUAUACACACAGUAAAACACAGUUUACUGUAGUAAAACUAGCAAAAGAUUAAUCGUGAUUAAUAGCAUCCAAGUGUUUUUGACAUAAAGUGUGUGUGUUUUGAUAUACACUCACUGGCCACUUUAUUAGGUACACCUGACCAUCUGCUCAUUAUCACAAAUUUCUAAUCAGCCGAGCCAACUACAUGGCUGCAACUCAAUGCAUUUAUGCUUGUAGACAUGGUCAAGACGAUCUGCUGCAGUUCAAACCGAGCAUCAUGCCAAUCCAUCCUGCCUUGUAUCAAGGGAUCAGGUUGCUGGUGAUGAUAUAAUGAUGUGGGGGAUAUUUUCUUGACACACUUUGGGUCCAUUAGUACCAAUUAAGCAUUAUGUCAACAACAUAUCCUACCUGAGUAUUGUUGCUGACCAUGUCCAUCCCUGUAUGACCACAGUGUACCCAUCCUCAGAUGGCUACUUCUAGCAGGAUUAAGCGCCAGCACCAGCAGGAUAAUGUCAUAAAGUGUGAAUCAUCUUAGACUGGUUUCUUGAACAUGACAAUGAGUUCACUGUACUCAGAUGGCCUACACAGUCACUAGAUCUCAAUCCAAUAGAGCACCAUUGAGACAUGGU